AUGGACAUAAUGUCUGCGGUGCAGGACGCGUGUGUGUCCGGCCAGUGGCUCGCCGCGAUGCUCCUCAGCCUGGGCUGCUUCCUGCCCUCCUGCCUGCCCGCCGGACAAACUGUGGACUACUCCUCGGUGGAGAAUGUGGUCAGCAGGCAAGGGGACACGGCUCUGCUCAGGUGCUACCUGUUGGAUGGAAUCUCUAAAGGAGCCUGGCUGAACCGCUCAAGCAUCAUAUUUGCAGGGAAUGACAAGUGGUCUGUGGACCCACGAGUGUCCAUCGUGUCCAGUGUGGGCGACAAACAUGAGUACAGCCUUCAAAUACAGAGAGUGGAUGUAACUGACGACGGCCAGUACACAUGCUCUAUUCAGAGUGAGCGCAACCCACGGCCAAAGCUCCUCAACCUCAUUGUAAAAGUUCCUCCCAAAAUAUACGACAUUUCGUCCGACAUCACGGUAAACGAGGGCAGCAACGUGUCGCUCAUCUGCACAGCCAGUGGGAAACCUGAACCAACCCUUUCCUGGAGACAUAUAACCCCAUUAGCCAAGAAGUAUGACAGUGGCGAAUAUCUUAACAUCACUAGCAUCACAAGGGACCAGGCUGGAGACUACGAAUGCAGCGCUCUAAAUGACAUCGCCUCUCCUGACACCAAAACAGUAAAAGUCACAGUCAACUUUGCCCCAUCUAUCCAUGAGAUGAAAAGCCAUGGAGUUGGUCUGGGACGCACAGCUCUGCUCAGGUGCGAGGCGGCUGCUGUGCCUUCUCCAACAUUUGAGUGGUACAAGGGUGAGAAAAGGAUUAUCAAAGGUCAAGGCAUCGACAUCAAGAGCCCCAGCUCCAGAUCAGUCCUCACAGUGACCAACAUGACAGAGGAUCGUUACGGGAACUACACAUGUGUCGCCACCAACAAGCUAGGGACGGCUAACGCCAGUGUGCCUCUCAUUCCAAUUAUUGAACCCACCGCCACUAGUGCUGUCUCAAGCCCAGCGCCCAACACCGCGCCCUACGGGACAGGAAGUGCACACAUCCUGCUGGCCUGCCGAUACCUGGUGCUGGCGCUCUCCUCCUUCAUCAGCGUGUACUAGGCCAGCGCGGACACAAUGACUGUCCACAGCAUUUAUCAAUCCUUUCUGACAUUGCUGAUGGCUGGAAUCCAAUCUGGUACAGUUUCUUGAAAAGCAGUGAGGGGGAAAUAAUCAGAGUUUCUUUGUGUGGGGAUUUUUUUGGGGGGGUGACAUUUCUGUUAUGUAAAUACUAUGAUGUUUUUUUUAUUAUUAUUAUUAUUAUCAUUUUCUCUCCUGUUUCUUAUUUUCUUUUCUGAUUGAUCGACCACCUU